AUGGUCAGGAACACAACGCACGAGCUCUAUGGAGUGAGAAUCAGUGGAGAGGUCUAUAGCCUUCUCAGAGAUCUCAGAGACAAUUGCCCCCGCAAUCUGGGAAGCGUCGACAUCGACGUGGCCAUUUCACUGAUAACGUGUAAGAGAAGAGACUUCAUUACAUCAUACGACCAGCUCAACGAAAUCGUCGUUCUUUUGUCGAAGGUCUGUGGCGACUCUCGACGCUUCGUAGCUACCAAGAUAAUGAACUACUACGCAACCAACUUUCCAUCUAAGGUCGAAUCCAUUCAGUCCUAUAUUGCUUAUAUGCCUACGGAUAAUCUGGAUGGAAAGCAACAAUCCACAGAUGACCAAGCUACUGACAAGACUCAACCCCCGUCGACAUCUCUCAUUACAGGAAUCAUAAAGGAAGACGAUGAUGAAAGCGAUGAUUUGGAUAGCGAAGUAACGUUAAAAGAGCCUGGGACAAUGUCCGCAGGGACAGGAAAGCGGAGUAGGCUAUCAAAGAUGGCGAAGGGCAAUAAGGCCAAUCGUGUCCAGGCAAAUGAUAUCAGCUCAUUGAAGCUUUCGACACUUCUUUCCACCCUAGUAGGAAAGCCUAUCAAACGUGCUCAGCUUGAGGCCCGCAAAGAGUACACAAGGCAGAUAGACGAGUCCCGUGCCUGUUACGGACGCCCCAUUAAGUACGACCUGGAGAUUCAAGAGUUAGCUAUUCAGGUAAUGGAGAGUGAGCUUUUGACGACAUUUUCCUAUCUACAAAAACCGAUUGUUGCUCACAGUUCGUCUGAGAGGCGCCAUUUUUUCAUUCCGGGAAAUACAUUUCCAUUUUGCAGUACAUCUCUCCCCAUGGUGUAUCCGCCACUUGGGACAAUCAUGGCAGCCCCAGCUGACUUUCUUUGUCGACCACGAUUACCUGGGCGUAGAAUCACACGCGAGACAACCAAGAGAAUCCCGCCCAACGAGGUCAGCUCGUAUAUUUACGACUCGCAUCUCCUAGACUAUACCAGACAUAACGACACAGACGAUCCGUCAGACCUUCGAGUUGAGUUACGGCCUGCGUGGGCCCAGACGAUUGACUUUUCUAAGGCUGCAUAUGAUCUUCCGGGAGAAGUUAUGUGGCAGUAUCCUAUGUACAAGCUACUCACACAGAAACCUGUUCCGGAGCAUCACUCCCUCAUAGAUUUAACAGGGUGCUACGUGACUGCAGACGCUCUCUUUGAUUCUCUAACGACAGAGUUGAUAGAGCUUGCUCGUAACGUGGUCAAGUGUGCACGGAAGCGAAGACGACUGGCUUACAGACAAAGAUCAGCCAGACGAAAGCGACCAAUCAGCCUUCCAUCCAUUUUCAAUGAGUCACUUUCAAAGGACUCUUUCUCGCCUACAAAUGACACUGCCGGGGCAGCUGAUGCUUUGGGAUCCCAUAGUGACCUGCCUCUUUCUCCUGUUACAGUGGAUGACUUGUCAGAAACUAACACGGACGAAGAGACUGAUGACUCAGACAGUGAUUCACAAUCGCUUGGCAUUGUCAUUCUCAACUUGCUAGAACGACUGCAAAAGAUUAUCUUCUUUCCACCUUUCCGCGUCUGUGUAGAUCAGCGACAUCUAGGGAAUGUAUCCAGGUACGUUCGAUUUGUUGAGAGCCCGUUUGAUGCUACAUGUUAUGUUAAGGCAGUUGGGGUUUCUGGAUCCACCCGUCUGCAACUCCACGCAGCAAAAGAUCUGCCAGCUAAUGCAGAGCUUACACUUCACGCUGGGUCCUUUUCCUGGAUUAAGUGUACCUCCGAAUUAAUGCGUUAUCUCUACACUCUCGAAGAAUAUAUUUUGUUCACUGAUCAGCUGGCACUAAGGAGGCCGUGGCAAUCUCUUUUACAUUGCUCAUCGUCAAACGACAAUACGGAGUCCACACCUACAAUCAUGGAUUCUGCUAUGCUUGUUACUCUUGUGGAGAUGCGACUACGAGAAAGUGCAGCAUCCUUACUAUCCUUAAAGCAGAUUGAUCUCGACUUCAUGACAUGGCUAUCUGAUCAGCUCUAUGAUGUGUCCUAUGCCGAAGAGUCCUCUCUCGGUGACUUUCGACAGCUUCACAUUAGCCUGGCGAGCGUUCUCGAUCCCGCAAAUGCCGCUAUUAACACCACCAACAAUCGCUGUACUGUAUUAGUCAAUCCAAAGAACUUUUUUACGCACAGCACGCAUGCACACAGCUGCUCGUUAAAUAUUGUAACAGCGGAUACCAAUUUCUCUAUGAACGGAUACUACCUUUAUCACUUUUUCUUGACGCACAAACUUUUAACCGACAGAGACUCCUUAGAUACUCUACAGUCUUCUCUCUUACUUACAAAUGACCAGCAGCGAUCCCUGCUAACCACAUUACUUGGGGCGCAACUCACAGCUAUCUAUACGGAUCUUGACGGAGGAACCUCUCCUGUGGCUAAGAGCUUUCAGACAAUCGGCUUUGUGUUGGCUCCACCUGACGCUGACAACUUAGCGGAGAGUGCUCUUCCAUUAACCAUCAAAGUAUUAAAGCAUGAAGCUCGCUGCAUCAGCGUAGACUCCUGUCUGAACAGCAAAUCUAGUACAUGGCACAGUAGUGUCUGUGUCUUUGUUGUACGGGCAGAUGGCACAAUCGACACCGUAGAAUAUAUUUUUGCCGAGAAGCUACAGAACUAUCUAUCACUAUUACAAAAGAAAAAUCCUACCUACAAUUGUUACGAGGUUCCCUUGGAUCAUUACAUCAUGGGCAUAAUUAAAGGAUACAUUGAGACAGCCGCUGUGGGGCCAUCUGUUGUAAUGAAAACGUUUCCUACCUACUACUCAGCUUGGACGCCGUUUGUGCCUGUUUCAGAAGUGCAGUCACUCACAUUUGACCCGCUACUCACUAGGAUUUUCUUUACUAUUGCCAAAUGCUAUAAGAACUAUAAAAUACUACCGGAUCUGGCUGCAACUUUGAACGUGCCAUUAUCAGUUCCAUAUAGCUCUUCCUCGGCCGUUCCAGCUACCUCAACUGUCGACAAGGUGCUGCUGCAAGGUGCUCCUCCACAUUCGUUUAUCCCAACUGCACUCGAUGAACAGAUAGACGCGCUUCUUCUGCGAUUGAUACACCAUAACACUUACUUCAACCUGAUAAGCUAUGGAAUGGGGAUCAGCAAGCAUAAGUACGUCGACAUGAUUAAGGAACUUGUCUCCUCUCCUCUCCACUUCAGUCUUGCUGAUACUUGGUCCCAUCCUCUGGAGCUUUUCGACAUUGCGGCACUUCCCAAUACCUUGCAGUUCUUAUCGAACUAUGUCCUACGGUCAAGAAACGAGGAUGUCCAAUUUCUUCAGUCGACUCUUCUAGACCUGAAGGGCUGUAACAAAGAGCAUAACUAUAAGAGCCACAUUCUGGUACAAGAGGCAUCCAUCUUCUCUGAUACAGUUUUGCAUAUGCUUGCAACAGACAUUCUGGCGUUGUUACACAGCAUGCCACCUCUGUCUGGAAAAAAUAAGCAGGCCAAGGCGAAGCGCAGCCUCAUCCAAAAAGAAGCACUCUGGCCAGGAAGCAAAGAGUAUGCCCCACCAGGAUACAACGGACUUUACGCUAGGGCAACGCCCCAGACGACUUACUCUUAUCUCACUCCAAGCGACUAUCUAAAGAAGUACGGGGACGACGUGGUUGAUGUAUCUUUUACUCCGAAAGCAGUUCUAGUGGACAAGCAUUUUUCGUCUCCGGUGAUGCAGAGAAUUUUUGCGGAUGCACGCGCCACGUUUCAGAAUAAAGUAAAAGCUUGA